GGGGAGGGCCCCAGUAUCGACAGAGCCUCCUUCGGCACUUCGUCGUCAAUUCUUCUCCGCCGCCCUCCGCAACCAUGGCGGUCGGGAAGAACAAGCGCAUUUCCAAGGGGAAGAAGGGUGGCAAGAAGAAAAUUGUUGAUCCCUUCUCCAAGAAGGACUGGUAUGACAUCAAAGCUCCCAACACCUUCCCGCAGAAGUCGCUGGGAAAGACUCUCGUGACCAGGACCGCCGGUACUAAGAAUGACGAGGACCAGGCUUUCCGCAAGAUCAAGCUGAGGGCUGAGGACGUGCAGGGCAAGAAUGUUCUCACGAAUUUUUGGGGCAUGGACUUGACAACCGACAAGCUGCGGUCUCUGGUGCGCAAGUGGCAGAGUUUGAUCGAAGCUCAUGUGGAUGUAAAAACCACGGACAAUUACCAGCUUCGCAUUUUCUGCAUUGCAUCCACGAAGAAGAGGCCGAACCAGAUCAAGAAGACUUGCUACGCACAGAGCAGCCAAAUUCGUCAGAUUAGGCGGAAGAUGAGGGAAAUCAUGACUCGUGAAGCCCAGACUUGUGACUUGAAAGACUUGGUUUCCAAGUUUAUUCCUGAGGUCAUUGGGAAGGAAAUUGAGAAGGCAACUCAAGGUAUCUACCCCUUGCAGAAUACUUUUAUCAGGAAGGUGAAGAUUCUCAAGGCUCCCAAGUUCGAUCUGAUGAAACUUAUGGAGGUUCAUGGUGACUACAGUGAGGAGGUUGGUUCCAAGAUUGAGAGGCCCGUUGGAGAUGUUGCUGAGACUGAUGCAGGUGCAGCCGAGCCUGUUCCCAGUGCCUAGUGUACGGCAUGCUUGUCACAUGUUGCAAUGAAUUUUUACAGGCCUUAUUUGUCUGCCAUUUUACGAACUCAUGUUCAAUCGACGUCAGCAUCAAAUUUAUGUGAAGUUUCGGGAAUGCAUAUGAUGGUCAUGAAGCUGGAGCUAAGAUAAGCCCUUGGCUGAGGUAGACAGUGUGUUUAAGAAUUAAGAAAAAUUACUGUGCCGACACGAUUUAUUAGCUUGGAUGUUGCGGUCAAAUUUACUUAUUCCUUAAAAUUAUUCAGUAUACUUUUGAAAUGUUCCUAUGCUUUGACGUAUUUUAGGAUCUGAACAUCAACAUUCUAUUAAUUGUUGAAAGAGUAAAAAGAAAAAAAAUGAGUUUUUUGCCUCCCA